AUGGCCCCCAGGGUGAGGGUUGAGGGGUGGAAGGUGCCCCCUAGCCAGUCGUGGAGGUUUGUUCCAGUGCUAGUGCCCGGCUGUCUGCUCGACAUGGAGUCAGUUUUGGCGGAGAAGCUUGAUGAGGAAGAACAGCUGGUUAGAAGGCAUCGGAAAGAAAAGAAGGAGUUGCAAGCCCAAAUUCAGGGUAUGAAGAAUGCUGUUCCCAAGAAUGACAAAAAGAGAAGGAAGCAACUCAUUGAAGAUGUUGCUAAAUUAGAAGCAGAAAUGGAACAAAAACAUAGAGAGGAAUUAGAGCAAUUGAAGCUGACUUCUAAGGAGAAUAAGAUAGAUUCUGUUGCUGUUAAUAUUUCAAACUUGGUUCUUGAGAGUCAGCAGCCUCGGAUAUCAAAAGCCCAAAAGAGACGGAAAAAAGAAGCUGCAUUGGAAAAGCAACAGGAAGAAAGGAUAGCUGAAGCUGAAAUUGAGAACUUAUCUGGAGCCAGACAUGUAGAAAGUCAAAAACUUGCUCAAAUAUUGGCAACUAGACAGUUGGAAAUUAAACAGAUUCCAUCUGAUGGCCACUGUAUGUAUAGAGCCAUUGAAGAUCAACUGAAGGAACAGGAUUGCACUGUGACUGUGGCUGCCUUAAGAAGUCAAACUUCAAAAUACAUGCAAAGCCAUGUGGAAGACUUUCUGCCAUUUUUAACAAACCCAAAUACAGGAGAUAUAUAUACUCCAGAAGAGUUUGGAAAGUACUGUAAUGAUGUUGUAAACACAGCUGCAUGGGGAGGGCAGCUUGAGCUAAGAGCACUGUCUCACAUUUUACAAACAGCAAUAGAAGUAAUACAGGCAGAUUCUCCUGCUAUAAUAGUUGGUGAAGAAUAUCCCAAAAAACCACUAAUACUUGUAUAUAUGAGACAUGCAUAUGGCUUAGGAAGACAUUACAAUUCUGUUACACGGUUGAUGAACACAGCUACUGAAAAUUGCUGCUAGUUUACAAAACAUUGUACAAUUAUGUUUUAGUACAGUGUGUGAUUUGAGUAUUCAUACCAAGUGCUGGAUUAUUUCCAACAUUACUGAAAGACACAACGACCU